AUGAGCAUACUACUGCAGUCUGGCCUCUUUGGCCUUGUGAGAGAGCUCGACAUUCCUGGCGAGAUAUCCCAGAGGAAGAUAUACCCUUUUGAGUUUCAAAACGUGGAGAUGCAGUAUGAGUCGUACAACGGUGUCAACGUUAGACUGGGGUACAUUUUGAGAGUGACUGUCAGUCGAAAUUAUUCGUCCAACAUUGUCAAGGAGAAGGACUUUUGGAUGGAGGUUGGCAUUGAGGACUGUUUACACAUCGAGUUCGAGUACAACAAAUCGAAGUACCACCUGAAGGAUGUAGUAAUAGGGAAAAUCUACUUCUUACUGGUUAGAAUCAAGAUAAAGCACAUGGAGCUGGAGAUAAGGCGACGUGAAUCAACAGGUUCAGGGCCGAAUACUUACAAUGAGAGCGAGACGCUUGCCAAGUAUGAAGUCAUGGAUGGAGCUCCAGUAAGAGGCGAGUGUAUACCCAUCCGGCUCUUCCUCAGCCCAUAUGAUCUAACACCCACCUACCGCAAUAUCAACAACAAAUUUUCAGUCAAGUACUUUCUUAACUUGGUGCUUGUGGACGAGGAGGAUCGUCGAUACUUCAAGCAGCAGGAGAUCACCUUAUUCCGAGCUGAGUGA